UCUCAGUGUUGCUUGUGUAUGUUUAAUCUUAAUCUUGUCUCAGAAAUUAAUUAUAAUCUAUGUCUUAACACUGUUUUUUAAAGAGACACUUUUAAGGACUAACUUGUUGCAAGAUGGCUUUACUGUUUUGCGAUUCUUUCUGGGGAACUGACUUCACUGACCAGUCAGGUUAUGAGGCGAUAUUGCAAAGGCUACAAGAUGGCCGACACAUGUGCAAAGAUGUAGAAGAACUGCUGAAAAUGAGAGCACUAGCGGAGGAGAAGUAUGGACGAGAUCUGGUGGCAAUCGCUCGAAAGGCAGAAGGCCAAACUGAGAUCGGAACACUGAAGGCGGCAUUUGACAAGUUUAAAGAGGAGAUCGAGAAGACAGGAAACCUGCACAUCCAACUAUCUGAAAGGAUAAAGGAGGAAGUUCUGAAAAUAGAGGUUUUUCGAGAACACCAGAGGGAACAGAGAAAAAAGCUUGAAGAGAUUAUUGAAAAGCUGCAGAAGCCUAAAAUGGUGUUGCAUAAGAAGACCAUGGAGUCAAAACGAUUAUAUGAGCAGAGAUGUAAGGAAGCUGAUGAAUCUGAACAAGCAAUGGGAAAGAAGACAAAUGUGAACACAUCCACUCAUCGCCAGUCAGAAAAAGUGAUGAACAGAGCCCGGUUAUGCAGACAAGCAGCCAACCUUGCAGAAAAGCAGUACAGGUGGAAUGUUGAUCAACUAGAGAAAACCUGCCAGGACUGGGAGAGCACAUACAGGAGCGCAUGUGAGGUGUUCCAGCAGCAGGAGUCUGAGCGCAUUAAUAUCUUGCGCUGUGUGUUAUGGGAGCAUUGCAAUCUGCUGUCCAAGCAGUGUGUCCACGAUGAUGAUUGUUAUGAGGAGGUGAGGAAGAUUCUAGAGCAGUGUGACAUUGUUGCGGACAACAAUAACUUUAUUAGGAUGAAAAAGACUAGCAGUCAUCCCCCAGCCCUCAUUGAGUUUCAGUGUUACUCCGAUACGGACACUAAUGGAGGAGUCAGGAGGAUCCAAACCAACAGAUUAUCUGUCGUGCUCUCUGGGAUGUCUUUCAGUGGGUUUCCUGAAGCAGGAAAUAAUUCGGGUGCAAAAUACACACCUGACCAACAAAGGAUAGGAGUGACUGAGGAAAAGUACAUGGUGUUAUAUGAAUUUAAAGCUCAGGAAGACGAUGAGUUGUCUGUUAGUAAAGGACAAGUUGUGACAAUAACAGAGAAAGGUGAGGAUGGGUGGUGGAAAGCGUGGUGGAAUGGAGUAUCCGGGCUGGUUCCUGGAACAUACUUGACCAAAAUGUCACCGAACAGUUCACGUCUUGCUGCUGCCCAUCCUGAGCAUAAUCCCAUCAAAUAGAGUUUAGUAGUUUUCACAGCAAGUCAUCCUAAAUCAUAAAAGAGGUUAUGGAAAUUAACUGUCCUGACAGCACUUUUGUAAGGUCAUCUACACACUGCUGCUAAUUUUUUUUUGUCAGUUCACCUUUUAGUGCUUAGCUGUAUUCUCUUCACACCAUUAGUAGUUUACUAAUGUAAUAGCAUUCAGUAAUCAUAUUGGCUGCAGCUAUAAGCAAGUUUCUAGAGUGACAUACGCAGUGAAUCCCCUAAAUUAUUAUUGAGUACAGAAUGUGAGUCUGCCCUGAAAUAACAAUGAUUAAUAGUGUUAUGGUAUGUUCACACCAAGCACGAUAACUAUAAAUAUAAAUAUAACAAUACAUAUAUUUGUGUCCACACUGACUAGGCAACACAAAGAUGCUGAGUGUAGCACAGGAUAUCUAAUGUGCCAUUAUGUUUACCAGCCUGGCUUGCAGAGCUUCUGAGUAUUAUGCAUCAUUAGUAAAUUACACAAGAGCUUUAUAUAUUUCAAUAGAUUCUGACUGGCUGUCAGUGUUUUAUCUUUAUUAAAAUUAUAAAUGUAUAUAAGUGCUCAGCAAAAAAUGAGUGUGCCUCUUACAGAUCUCUCGUUAAAAUGAAUGUAUUCUAUAAGAUGCUUUACAAUAAUAUAUUUGUGUACAUCUAGAUUAGUCAGGACCAAAGCGAAAACUAAGGCUAAAAUAACAAACUCAAGAUUACUGUCACAAAAAUAUC